CUCUCUAUUUCCCUGUGGCCCUCCCCCUCCCUUUUCAUGUUUCCCCCUCCCUCCAUCCUCUCUUUCCCUCGCUGGUUCAGUUAGUCAAAGAAGAGACUCAGGGAAGGAGAGAAAAGGGGGGAAAGGCAGGACGAGAGUGAGAGCGCAGGAGUGGGGCAGGCUGGGGAGAGGGGUGUGGGGUCUCAGCCCUCUGUCGUGGGGGGGUUGGGGGGGUUGAGAUACACCCCAAUAUUUUGUUUUAAGUACCAUGGACUGCCUCUGCAUUGUGACUACAAAGAAAUACAGGUACCAGGAUGAGGAGACGCCCCCCUUGGAGCACAGUCCAGCACAUCUGGCUCCAGGGAAAAGUGCAGAGAUGCUUCACAUGAGUGACAAGAACCUUGCUGCCAUGGAGGCGAUACACGGCUACACACCUCACACGCAUAUCUCUCCUGUCAAGCCUGUAUUGAUGUCUACUGGACACACUCCAAUGUACACCUCCGCGGUUUCCACACUGGGAAACACUCCUCCAGUGGUGGUGAACACCGACACACUCGACGGCUCCCCAUACGUGAAUGGGACAGAAGGAGAAAUCGAGUAUGAGGAAAUCACACUGGAGAGGGGUAACUCAGGCUUGGGCUUCAGCAUAGCAGGGGGAACAGACAACCCUCAUGUGGGUGACGACCCAAGUAUCUUUAUCACCAAAAUCAUCCCGGGAGGAGCUGCAGCUCAGGACGGACGGCUGAGUGUAAAUGACUGCAUCCUGUUUGUGAAUGAUGUUGACGUGAGAGAGGUGACACACAGCCAAGCCGUCGAGGCCCUUAAGGAGGCAGGUGCUAUUGUACGCCUCUAUGUUCUUCGCAGAAAACCAGCAGCAGAAAAAGUCACCGAAAUCAAACUAAUCAAGGGGCCUAAAGGAUUAGGCUUCAGCAUUGCAGGCGGGGUGGGAAACCAGCACAUACCGGGAGAUAACAGUAUCUAUGUCACCAAGAUCAUCGAGGGCGGGGCCGCUCAUAAAGAUGGGCGUCUGCAGAUCGGGGACAAGAUCUUAGCGGUGAACAACGUGUGUCUGGAGGACGUGAUGCACGAGGAUGCGGUGGGGGCUCUGAAGAACACAGCCGAGGUGGUGUACCUCAGGGUGGCCAAGCCCAACAACCUGUUCCUAACCAACUCCUACAACCCUCCAGACCUCACCAGCACAUAUUCACAUAUGGAUACUGAGCUCAGCCACCCCAACUACCUGGGAUCCGAUUACCCACAAGCCCUCACUCCAACCUCGCCGAGUCGGUUUUCUCCUGUUCUGCAUGGCAUGAUGGGAGAUGACGACAUCCCCAGGGAACCUCGCCGAGUUUUGAUUCACCGAGGCUCUACGGGUUUGGGGUUCAACAUCGUUGGAGGUGAAGAUGGAGAGGGAAUCUUCAUCUCCUUCAUCCUGGCAGGGGGGCCGGCUGACCUCAGCGGCGAGCUGCAUAAGGGCGAUCAGAUCCUCAGUGUAAACGGCGUGGACUUACGCAUGGCCACGCACGAACAGGCAGCUGCAGCACUGAAGAACGCCGGUCAGACCGUAACCAUCAUCGCUCAGUACAGACCCGACGAGUACAGCCGGUUUGAGGCGAAGAUUCACGACUUGAGGGAGCAGUUGAUGAACAGCAGCAUGGGCUCUGGGACUACAACGCUAAGAAGUAACCCAAAGAGAGGCUUCUACAUCAGGGCUCUGUUUGACUACGAUAAGACUGCAGACUGCGGCUUUCUCAGUCAAGCGCUGGGCUUCAGGUUCGGGGAUGUGCUGCACGUGCUGGACUGCGGGGAUGAGGAGUGGUGGCAGGCCCGCAAGGUCAGCCCCCAGAACGAGGCCGAGGAGGUGGGCUUCAUCCCCAGCAAGCACAGGGUGGAGAGAAAAGAGUGGUCACGUGGUAAUACCAAAGAGAGGGACCAUGGCCGAGACACCUUGGGCACUCAGGGGAGAGAUAAAGCCUCACACAGUUAUGAGACAGUCACCCAGGUGGAAGUGCAUUAUGCGAGGCCCAUCAUCAUCCUGGGUCCUGUGAAGGACAGGAUAAAUGACGACCUGUUGUCUGAAUUCCCUGAUAAGUUUGGAUCUUGUGUCCCACACACCACGCGGCCAAAGAGGGAAUAUGAGGUGGACGGUCGAGACUACCACUUCGUGUCGUCACGGGAACAGAUGGAGAAGGACAUCCAGAGCCAUCGCUUCAUCGAAGCGGGGCAGUACAACAGUCACCUGUAUGGCACCAGUGUCCAAAGUGUCCGCGAGGUGGCUGAGCAGCAAGGGAAACACUGUAUCCUGGAUGUCUCGGCCAAUGCUGUGCGCAGGCUACAAGCAGCUCAACUUCACCCUAUUGCCAUCUUUGUCCGGCCUAAGUCGCUAGAGAAUGUCCUAGAAAUCAACACUCGCCUGACAGAGGAGCAGGCCAGGAAAGGAAUGGACCGGGCUCUAAAACUAGAACAAGACUUCAUAGAGUGUUUUUCAGCUGUCGUGGAGGGGGACAGCUUUGAAGAGGUCUAUCACAAAGUAAAGACAGUGAUUGAGGAGCAAUCAGGGCCUUACAUCUGGAUCCCCACCCGGGAGAGGCUGUGAUGCCGCACACCCUGCUCAACCACCUGCCCUUCGCCGCCACCAACCGCCACCGCCACCGCCACCACUACAACACCCCCCCCCCCCCCCUCCUCCUUCACCCUCACAGCAGAGCCAGCCUCGCCUGCCUGUCUGUCCUCCAGCAAAGUCAGUGCUUAGGCAAUCACUGACAACACAGAGAGACAAAUGCAUACUAAGACAAACACAGAGACAGAGACAAACACAGGAAGUGACACAGCCAGGCAAAGAGUGAUACCAAAAAAGAGACUCUGAGACAGACGUGAGCACCGUGGUGUCAAACUAAAUCGAAAGUGACGGAAAAGAAAAGACCUAAUCAGUAUUCCACUUUAUUGAGGCGAGAUUGAACACUUAAAGGGCCGAUCCCAGAUUGAAUAGCGAGGCCCUGUUCAAACUUCGCAUUGAAAUGCAUCUUUGUAUACAAGUGGACAGCUCUGUAAACAGCUGUUAGAGCAAAACUAGAUGUACAAGAAAAGCAGCGUGUGUAUGUAAAUCCGCCGAGGUGUGUUUCUCAACAGAUGAAAGCUAAUGAAGCGAAAUCCAAUCAUAAAGUGGCUCCUUGAGACAGAUCUCAGAUGUGUUUUGAUGCCAGGUGUGAACUGCAGUCCUCUGGAGCUCGGCUCAGCCCAAAUAUGCUUUUUGGAAACAACACUUCAGGUCUGGGCAGGGCUUGAACGAGAGUGAGGGAGCGACCUGGUAGGGUAGCCAGACCGCCUCACCCUCCCCACCCCGCCUCCCACCCUCUCAAGCCUCAUGCGCCCCACUUGAACGCCAAUUCCUGAGACGGAGGUGCCUAAAUAAGACGCUGGCCCCUCUUUUUAUAAGACAUCCUGGCUUUCUGUAGUCCUCUCUCCUCCUGUCAGCUCUGCCUUGUUUCAGGACAAGAAAGUUGGAGAAUGGUGCACAGAAGCUUGCUGAGUUCCUCUUGACCGAGAGCCUUUUCUCAGCAAAAAAAAAAACUCACACUUUUUUUUUUUUCUUUUUUUUUAUUUUGUGAAUCUCUUCUUGGUUCUGGAUGCAAACUCAGAACCGGUCCUCAGCGAUCAAGACUGACUUUUGUUCAAUCAUCCAUGUUGAAUGCUGCAAGGCAUUAUUUAAAGGCAGUUCAAGUAAUUAUACCAAUAAAAACUCAUAUGCUGAAUUUGUGCAUGCAUCCUCAAAGAGUGGAGAAGGGGAACAAAAAUAAUGGAAAAAAUAUGAGGAAAAAAAAAGAAGAGAGGCGUGUGAGUAAAGUAGGACCUCCCUCGAGUCGU